GCAGAAGGUCAAGAUCUGCACAUGUGGACAUUUCACAUGGACAACGGGGCUAGAUUCGGAAUUGCAACUACCAACCAUGGGGAGAGCAUAAAUGGAGUCUACAAGGGCAUUAGGGCAAUGCCUGUAUCUGUCCUAGUGGAGAUGACAUAUUGGAAGAAGAUCGAAGAGAAAUCAAGUAAGCACAGAGUUGUUCUGUUCAACCGCAAUGAAGGUAUUUUUGCUGUGCAAACAGGUAUCUGGGGUGGAGGAAGACGUGGG